CAUUCUCUCAAUAUAUUAGUCCAUCGAAACACGAUUAAGUUGGCGGAUUUUGGAUUAUCAAAAAGGAUUUAUGAAACAUUCGAUCUUGCUUUAGUCCCAUAUGUGGAUCCUAAAAAAUUCGGUUUUAAACCAUAUUCUUUAAAUAAAAAGAGCGAUAUUUAUAGUAUAGGUGUACUUAUGUGGGAGAUAUCAAGUGGUCAGCCACCGUUUAAAGGAAUAUCACCUUAUAGUUUAAUUGUACGAAUUUCAGAUAACCUUAGAGAAACAAUUUUUCCUGAUACACCUGAAAAUUAUAUGAAAAUUUAUACUGGUGAAUAUUAA